AUGGCAAAAGGGGAUACCAAGCAAAAGUCUUCUACCCUAGACUUUCAGGAUGAAGGCCAAGGCAGCAGACUCGAAUCAGUUUCUCCUUCUAGUAGGUCUAAUUCGAGGCUUUCAACGCCAAGUCCAGACAUUCAAGGUGUUGCAAGUGGUGAAAGCAGCAAAAAGAGUUUGGGAUCGCCUAUAUUUCCACCUUCUGCAAAUAAUCGGUUUUCCAUGUCCUCCAGCUACUCGGGAGUUGUCCAAAAUGCCGACAUCGACACAAUCAGAUAUGUGGUGAACGAUAAUUCCUCCAGGCAGUACACCAAUGGAAGAAGAUCCAUGAACAGAUCUUCUGAGGUGCGGACAGUGGGGAGCGAUCUCGCACAUCGUGAAAGUUAUCGUUCUAGUGCAUCUACUGCAAGAACAUUGGCCACAUCAACGUCACAGAAUCCAGAAUCGUCUUCGAUCAGAGAGGCAGUCAUUUUGCCAACUACUACAGGAGAGCCGAUCCUGGAAGGUAAAGGGAGCCCAGGAAGUGCUCCUGAUAAGGAAAACUCGGUUGAUCUAGAGCACUCAGUCCCAGCCAGAUCUUCAAGAAGGCCAAUUUCUACAUGUAUUGGGGAUAUGGAAUCAAUCACCGAAGGUGUUUCCACAAGUGAUUCCCACAGUAUCUCUGCUAGCAGGCGUACAAGUCUUAUCGGACCGCGGAUUUUGCCAGAUAAGGAAAUUUCCUCCAGUUCAAAGGACAAUGCAUCAAUGCGGCAUGCACGCAGACUCAGCCGGAAGCUCAGCGGUAAGUUUGGCGAGUUGAUGCAGCAGGUUGAAAGUUUGAAAAGUGAGCUUGAUGCCAACCCGCAAAUUCCUUCUUCAGAGCACAGCCCUGUGAAAAAAGACGAUACGCAUCAGUCCGGUGAGGAUUCCGACUCUUCUAGUGAUGAGAUCACCUCUAAGAGGAAUUCCACAUCCUCUGCAAACAUUCCAAUAACGCCAACAAGCACGGCCUCGUUCCAUACGGCUGUUUCAAACGAGAAUGAUUGGGAAGACGAAGAAGAAGAUGAUGAUGAUACAGAUGCUGCAAGCUCUGUUUAUUCAUCCACGUUCACGAGGAAUGCAACUCUUUCGGAAAGAACCAAAUCAGUCAGAACUCUUCAGACUGGAAAAUCUCGUGGGACGGUUCUUCCGGUUGUUUCGGCAAGCAUAGGUACCUCGGGAAGAAAUUCAACAUACACUUCUUCCGCACCUUCGAAAGUUAGCACUAAGCCUGAACCAAUGCAGACAAACUCAGAUCUCGCCAACAAAGAGGCUGCUGUGAUAACCUCAUCAGAGUCAGAGGAGUCAUCAUCAAGUAUCCAACCAAGUCUCCAGGAUUCCGGAUCUACAAAAGCUUUAGAUGUACCAAGCACUAUUUCACAUCCGGUUGAGGCUAAAAGCUCUGAAAGUGUUAGUGUUCCUGUCGGAAAAUCCACCUCAAGACAAGGUCUCACGAAGACUAGACCAGCAUCUACGUAUUCUUCAGUGAGAAAAUCGGUCAAAAGAAACUCACUGGCAAGAUCUAGUAAAUCUUCCGCCGGUAAGCAUUCUAAACAUCAGAGUAAGGGUGUGUCGUCCUUUUCAUAUGAUACUUUGGCCAGACUAUUGAAUGCCACCGAUGGAAUUGUGAUUGGUCAGGAGUUCUCGUCCCUGGAUAUGCCUGUGGAAGAAAAGUACUUGCUUGAAAAGAUAGUUGGGUCAAUUAGCAGGCUUACGGCAAAUAUGAUGCUUGAUCCCCAAAGGUACGACAAGAGUUAUGCCAGGUUGGAGAAGGCACUCAACAUUUUGGAGGGUUUUGAUUAG